AUGGGAGACUCUUUGAAGGCUUUAAUCUUGUGGAAUGAUGUUCUGGCUAGGUGGCUUACCAAAAGCACAUAUGCUUUCAAUAUAAUGAUCAAUGGGCUGUCUAAGGUGGGUAAAAUGGAUGAAGCUGAGCAGAUCUUUGCCAAAAUGGCGGAAUUCGGUUGUAAGUCUGAUGGCAUAACAUUCAGAACCCUGGGUGAUGGGUACUGCAAAGCUGGAAAUGUUGAAGAAGCACUUGAAGUCAAAGAGAAGAGGGAAAAGGAUGCAAUUUCUCCUUUAGUUGACAUGUAUAACUCUCUCAUUACAGCACUUUUCAAAUGCGGGAAAGUGAGUAAGCUUGUGGACCUCCUUAGCGAAAUGAAUAAACAGGAGACAGCACCAAAUAUCAUCACCUAUGGGGCUAUAAUUUCUUGA